CCAUGAUUGAAGAGGCCGAUUCCAUACAAUCCUCGUCCACGACCCCGAAUGAAGCUGGACAACAGCAGCCUGAAGUAUAUAGUGAUCUCGCCUUGAAGCCACCUGAAGCAGUGCACUUGGUGGGCGGCGUCGGAGGGCGGGAGACGACACAGAGUGAGACAGACGAUUCAUCGACGUCAAUGACUGCCCCAUCAACCCUCCCACCUCGCUCUCGCCAGUCGAUAAGUUCUGCAUCUAUUGACGGCAUCGCAAUCAUGUUCGAGGAUACCCGCACGCCUCUAUCUUCAUCUGUACCAACACCAAACUUUCAUCGUCCAGGUUCUCCUGUGUCACCACGAGCUCCAGGAUCCGAUACAAUAAUUGAAGAUAAUUUGGCAUGGUCUAACACAAUAACGUCGAUGGCCCAACAUGAGGUUGAAACAAGACAUAUGAUGCUUGCUUCCAUGAGAGCAAGACGCCCGCAACGCCCUUUAGUGGUGCGGGUCUUGAGAUUUUUUGGUUGUGGUACAGAUAACAAAGCUCGUAAAUCUCUCGUGUCACUAUGCUGGACCUUGUCCAUUGAUGGCGCUCAGAUCAUCACAAUCAUCGUUUUGCUCGCUUUUGCAGCACACCAUCGUAGCCCAGUUUUUCCAGAUCAGAAUGAGUGGCAAGCUUGUCACAAGAAUCUAGGCGUAUGGAAUGCGUUAUGGAUCCCACGCUGUCUCGUCAGUACCUGCCUCUCUUCGUGGCGUUGGCGGUUCGAUCGUGCAAAGCGCCUAGAAGAGAACGAUGAGGAGAAUAGUCACAAUCCUCAAUGGACAGCGAACUUAGAAAAUGGACGCCCCCGUUCGUAUCAGCAUACUGGCGUUAACACACGGUCUUCGGGACGUCGCACAGCUCCGGUCACAAGAAGCAGGAACAAUGCAACUACGAAUGGUGGCGAUACGGAAAGACAGACAUCGUACCCACGAUCGUACAACCGAAUAACCGUUCUCUUCACAAUCUAUUCACUUGCGUGGUUCCUCCUGGCUCAUGUAUUCGCCUAUACAUCGACAAAUACUUGUCGAUUUGCGUCUCCUCAUAUAUGGUGGCUUACAUUUUCUAUCCUCUCUCUCACGUAUAUCGCCAUUGCCGAAGUGCUUCUGAUGAUCGUUUUCAUCUUCAUCGUCGGACCGAUUCUUCUGCUUAUCUACAGCGUAGCCAUGUUCUGCCGUGGACGCCACCCUCUACAAAGCCGCCAAUACCUUAACCCUGAUAAGUUGCCCAAAUCUGUCGUUGACAAGAUACCAUUGGUGAUCUACAUCCCUACUCCCCCCGAUGAACCUGCAAAGCCAUUUACCAUUCCAGAGGCCGCCCACAUGUAUCCGCCCAAGCCCGCAGCGCUCCCAUCCCCACCUAAGCGGCGCUUUAGAUUUUUGCGCCUCAAGAAGAAAUACAAGGAUAGCAAGGAGGCAGCAAUGGCUGCGGAGGCCAAGGAUAAUGAAGAGCCUCUGACGUGGGAGGAUCACUGGGAAAAGAGUGAAUAUCCGUUCGUCAGGCUUGAGGAGAAUCGCGCAGCCUGUGCGAUUUGUCUGCUAGAUUUUGGAGAGCCAAAGCGACUGUUUCCCAUCAAGACGGAAAAGACGGACAGUAAAAGUAAAAAGGACGAAGAGGACUAUCAAGACCAGGUAGCUGAGGUAGGAGGCAUGGCGGAGGUGCCGCCUCCUGCUCAGGGAAAUGUCCCAACAGAAGGUACACCCUUGAAACUGGAGGACGCAGGUGAAGAAGCCCAACCUUUGCGCUUGCUGGAGUGUGGACAUGUCUUUCAUAAAUCAUGCUUAGACCCAUGGCUGCUUGAUGUAUCGGGGCGGUGUCCGGUGUGCCAGAAAGCUGUGGUGUGGCAAAUCGACGAGGCAAAGAAAGGUAGACACGGCCGACGAAGACAGAAUGCGCGGACUCCUUGAACAGCUGUGCGGAAGUGUUACUUUACCUGUAUUGGAUUGUGAGUGUAUGAACAUCAAUAUGUAGUAUAUACUUCUCGACCUCUUUCUUGUAUUUCGUGCCCGAACGCGUCCUUGCAAUCAAAGUUUGUAUACGU